AUGGAUCAAUUUCAAACACUUUAUUAUGAUUAUUGUAAAACUUAUUAUGUUGAACCAAAUGAAACAAUUCUAGGAGAAAUUCGAAAGGUUUCAAAUGGAGAUAAUCAAACAAAAUCUUUUAAUUUAUCUUCAUUAAAUAUUCCCGAAGCACAAUAUACAGUAUUAGGAAAAUUAUUUUCACAUGAUUUUUUAUAUACAAGUAUUCAUCUUAAUGAUUGUAAUUUAUCAAGUGAAGCUUUACAAGCUUUUCUUCAUGGACUUGUGACGAAUACAACAUGUAGAACAUUAGAAUUGAAGGGAAAUAGUAUUCAUGGAGCUGGCACCGAAGCAUUAGCAAAAGUACUGCGAAGAAAUCAAACAUUACAAAAUUUACGACUUGAAUGGAAUCAAAUUGGUGCUAUGGAUUCUCCAGCUUUUAGUAGUUUUUGUGAUGCUCUUAGUCUUAAUAAAAGUUUAAUUGAACUCGAUUUACGUAAUAAUGAUAUCAGUCAUGUUGGCGGUACUGAAUUAGCAGCAGCAUUAAAACGAAAUGUGACAUUACGCGUAUUAGAUCUUCGUUGGAAUAAUAUUGGAUUAGUUGGCAGUCGAGCUUUAUUAGCUGCAUGUCAAUCUAAUUCAACUCUUAAUGAAUUACAUUUAACUGGUAAUAACGUGCCUGAUGAUAUUAUGCAAAAUAUUACUUAA